CCAAAUAAGGGAAGUGAAUUGUAAACCAGUCCCAAAUCUUCAAAAUCUACCAAGUGGGAGAAAAAAUAAAUAUUCCAAAUAAGUGGAGUGAAUUGUAAACCAGUCAAAAAUCGUGAAAGGGGGAUAACAGACAGGAGGUGAUAAUGGAUGUGGCACCUUGGAACCUGCUACAGAUAGCAUUCAUCGUUGUCUGGCCAGCAUGGACGUCCUUUACCAAGAUGCCCAAUGGCAUGUCCCUGUUGGCAGCCUACCUUUUCCUGUUGGUGCUGUGUAUCCCGCCCGUGUUCAUACAGUUGAAACUGGGCAACCAUCAACAGAAGGGGAUUGUGUCUCUCCUCUCUACACAUGUACCAAUACUGAAGGGUAUUGGUAUAACGUUACUCAUACAGCUGUUCCUUAUGUGUGUGUUUAUGGCCCCUCUUGUGACCCACUACGGAAUGUACGCUUUCAUCGCCAUAGCGAAAAACCCCUACGUGUGGACUAGCUGUGCUAAUGUAUGGAACACAGCCUCAUGUUUUCAAAAUCCAACAGAUUUGCUUGGUACAAUGUUAACCUCUGGGCAGAAGCAUAAUGUGCCACCAUCACUAAUUCCUGCAGAGUCAGAAUUCUUUGAUAAUGAGUACCUCCAGAUCUCUGGCAACAUUUCUGAUGUGCGUGGCUUUGCGGUAUGGGGUUUCUCGGACGAGGUGAACAAGGCGGGAGUGUCAGUGUUGCCCUUAGCAAUGGUUGGCGUGUGGGUGUUCAUCUUCCUAGGGCUUGCAUUUGGGGCACGGGUGUGCGGUUUGAUCCUGUUCAUCCUGGGCCCAGGUUUUCUGGCCCUGAUGUUCACCGUGCUGGGAUACGGCUACAGUCACCUGGAGUCUAAUGGGACGAACACAUUCCUGGGAGUAUUGUAUACCUUGGAUAUGACUCAGUUCCAUCAGCUGCAUGAUGAGAACACGCCUCUCAUUCAGGACUGGCUAGACGGGUUCUCCCUGGUGACCCACUCUGUUCCUGUCUGGACGGCCAUACUGCCAACAAUGGGGAAAAUGACUGGUCAAGGGCGCCUCAGUAGAAAUAUAUCUUGGAUAUUUGUGAUCCUGGUAUAUGCUGCCACAUGUCAGCUACCCCAGCUCGCCAUGGCUCCCUACAUUGGCAAUCUACAACACAUUGUGCCCAGCUACAUGUACAACAUUAAAGGUCUGGAUGUGAUAUUCACGACCAUGCCAGCAGCGUUUUCUCACCUGGGCAUACCCUCUGUCUACGCUCUCUUAUUCUACCUGUCCAUAUUCCUUGCGGGUCUCAUGUUCUUGAUAGUUUCCAUGUUUACAAUACUGGACAACCUCGUGGACGGCCUCGUGGCAUGGAGUGAAACGUUCCAAGAAAGGCGGGCCUGUAUCAACUUCUGUGCAGCGUUUGCUCUUAUAUCCGUGGGCAUUGGGGCAUCUAUUCUUCAUACGACGCAGGCUGGGUUAUACUACAUCAUAGUGAUGGACCAGUGCGUACCAAAGCUGUUUUUCCUCACCGUGGCCCUGUAUGGACUCACCCUUAUCAUCAUUUAUGCAAAGCAGAACUUUGGCAUCGCAGAGCGGGUUGUGAUGUCGGUGUGGUGUGGAGUGUCUACGCUCAUUACAGCCGCCAUAUUCUUGUACCAGUUUAUUACUGAGUUGGAAGACAUUCCCCGCUACCACGAGAUGGAGAUCAAAGGCCUGUGGGACUUGGUGUGUUGGAUAUUCGCCAGUGCCCCGUUUCUCGCCAUACCUGCAGCCAUGAUCCACGCCUGUCAGUCAGAGGACGGCACAUGUGUAGAGCGAAUCAAGUUUGUAUUUUGUGGCAUCAAGCAAGACCCCUAUAGCCCGCCAGAAGAGUACGGCUACCGCCACCCCGACCCCAGCGCUCCACCCUAUGGAGGAAUAGACCAUCCCACAUACACAUACAUGGACCAAGAUGGCUACCCGAUGGAGGAUUUAUCAUGUUACAAGUCAGACUGAGAUCUUGUGACAAAAAGAUUAACUGGUGAACAUUUUGUGAAAUAUGUGGGUACCUUUAGAGAUCAUUUAGUGGAAAUAGUUUAAAUAUUUGUUAUUGUUUGUUAUAUGGUUCAUAUAUGUGGUCUGUGACCAUCCCUGGUACAGAUAUGUGAACAAACAAUAUAUAUCCUAUGGUGAAAUGUUUGUAUUACAAACCUCAUUGUUUGAAAAUGUGGGUAAUUUGUAAAAAGAAGAGGAUUGUGUUGAUUUAUUCAGAUUUGUCAGUAUUUGGAAAAUACUCAUUCUAUAUAAUCAUGUAUGGAUCAGGACAGAUAUCUUAUGGAGGACUUACCAUGUUGCAAGUCAGACAGAUGAAAUGCAGGUUAGCUCCUUAGUUAUUAAGGAUAUGUGCAAUUUAUGCCUGAUGAAAAUGGAUUUAUGAUGAUUUCUCAGUUUUUGUUUAUGUGAUGACAUGUAAAGGUCUUUCUACAGACACAUAUAUGAGCUCAAGAUGACAGUUUCUCUAUUUCCUGCAAAGCAAGUCCCAUGUGGAUAAACAGUGUAAUAUGUCCCGGAUCAGUGAUUCAGUGUGGACCUCUCACAUAUCUGCUCAGGACCCAUGGUAGUGAAACAUGGGGAUCCUGAGUGAUGCAUCCAAACUUGAAGGUGAACCAGUGCCAAGAGUACAUAUAUUAAUAUUUGUUAGAAGUUUUGUGACAGGAAUAGGAGAGUCAGUUAAAAUCAAGCAUGUGUUAUAUACAGUAUAUAAAUGUACAUGGUGUGUGGAAAAGAUAAGUCAUCUAAAGCAGGACUUACUUUACUGUAAUUCUGACUAUAUUCAUAUUAUUAGCUUGCAUUUGUAUGUGAAACAAUGAACAAGGGUUUAUUUAGCGUGUGAAGUGUCAAGUUUCUUUAGUUAAAUAAUAUUUUUUUCAGGUUUCAGGUUUAAAAUAUUGCAGUAUGUUUUUAUCUGAACAAUUUGUGGCUAAAGUUUUACACCCAUUCCCAUUGUUAACUAUAAUUGUGUACUUUCUGCAAUAAAAGUCGGAAUUAAUAUUUUUUAUGUGGAUAUACUGGUUUAUUCGGCAAAUACUAUUUGGACAACUUAUAAUAUAUGUUUGUUCAUGGUACUGACAGCAACUGUUUAUAAAAUACUGCAAUUUGUUACUCCAGAUAUAUAUAUUAAUGAAUAUGCAAGUUGUAAAAACGCUGGUAUCAGAUACCUUCAUUCUAUAUUCACUCAUAUAGCUAGGUCAUGCAAUAGUAGAUAUAUAUCUCUGGCCUGUCACAAGACUUUUGUAACUCGAUAUAGAAAUAGAAGACGUGACAACAGACGGACACUAAGCCCGCGAGUUGUGUAAGGGAUUGGAUUAUAAAUAAGUCUAGUCAGUUAUUCUAAAAUUCCAAAACCAGAUGGUAGAAUAUUUCCUUUGUCAGAUAUUGAUGUUAGUAUAGUUAUGUAAAUGUAUUUCAAGCGCUCAGUGCAACACUGGCUCAACUCCUUUUUAUGGAGUUACUUCCGUCUGGCGCUGAACCCUUGAAUUUCAAUGAAUCUGUUCCUAGUGGAUUUCUCAACCAGGGGUCGUUUCAAGAUCGUUGCUGAUUUUAGUCCUAAAUUAAAUUAUAUUAUUGUCAUAUUACCGUUAUUUAGAUACAUAUUUGUGUUUAUUAUAUGCCUAUCAAAUUCCUUUUCCAUAUCCAACAGUGAAAAUACAACCCACUGUUUUGAAAAAUCCGUAUCUUGAUACUGUCAUUUUCUGAUCCCGUAUCAUGCGAGUACUGUGUGUUAUGUCGGAACUACUUUCGCGUUGCUAAAAAUAGCGUGACAAAAAAACCCUGGUAAAACCUGUCAACUUUUAAAUACAUUAAAUUAUCUAUCUUUACUCACGCUCCUCAAGCAUGUUAAAAUUCAGGAACAUGGUUCUCAUGUUCUUCAAAGAACCAUGAGGAAAAGCACAAAGUAGAGAACACUUCCAAUUUAUCUAGACAGCUACUUCAGUGAACUAGUUGUUUGCCAUUUCGAAGUUCAUAAAGAGUUGCAUUAAAUCCAUGUUUAUUAUUAUAAAAUAUAAGGAGCUCGCCAAUACAAAGAAGAAGGCGAAUUCGCGUCAUCGAUAGAAAUAGUGUUUGACUCACAAACUUCCCUCAAUUCUGCAUAUUAUGAUCGUCAAAAAAUCCCACAAAUGUUUACUUUGUUAAAAACGGCUGCGUUACAUC